GAACGCGUCAUAUGACGUAACGACAGGCAAACAUAGGCGCUGCAGCCCUGGUUCUCAGUGUGGGUUUACGUAGUCUGAGAGGUGGAAACAGAAAAUAGAGAUUGUCGUUAUCGUUAUUAUAGUUAUAGUAGGUUUGAGUUGUCACAAUGGUGAAUUCUUGUGUUUGUUUUGGAUGCAACAACUCCAACUUGUCUGGCCAUCGGGUCCACCGAUUUCCAAACAAGAAACACAAAGAUUUCCGUGCUUGGAUACGUUUCGUCCAGGCAAAGAGAAGCAAUUUCGCUGCCUCCUCGUUGACUAGACACACGGUGGUAUGUGAAAAACACUUCACACCGGACAGCUACAACCAAGGAGAUCUUAUGGAAUUUCGCAUGGGAUUUCGACGAAAAGAGUGGGUUAGGCUGGCAAAUGGAGCUGUGCCAUCGGUGCAUGCAAGUCCACCUGCAAAAUCUGGCGGGAGUGAAGAGUCUAACGUUAAUGUUAGCACUAGCAGAGAAUCUGCGCGUCGAAAACGGGAGCUUUGCACAAUUAUGGGAGAGAGUGCUGCCAGCAAAGACGGGGCGGGUGCAACUGCCACUUCAGAUCCUGAUGGAGAUGGAGACAUCUCUACAAUGGACCCUGAGCCAGAACUGGUCCAUCGUGGAUCACAGUGCAACAUAAGAUGUUUACAUCGUUCAUUAGGUGUUCAGGUAAAGCCUCAGAUGGUGGAUGUGGGGACUCAAACCGAAAGGUUUGAGCAUCGCAGAUCAACUCCACUGGCCAGUCCUGAACAAAGUGAUGAUGAAUGGUCAUUUUCUGAUAUUGUCAACCAUUCUGGUGAUAUGUCAUGGAGUCCAGGGGAGGAGAUGUUGAGAGAGUCCUCUGAGGAGGAACCAGAAGAGCUGGAAUCUCUCAGUGACCCAAAUGCUGUUGACAAGUUCAUUGUUUGCCAGAGGCAGUUGCUGUCCUUGUUCACAGUUUGCCCUGCAUGCUGUGGGGAAACCCAGGGACGCAUAAUGCACCCGGAAGGAACUUUCAUAAAAGUCAAGCAGGCCUGCGGAACUUGUGGCUAUGAGCGUUACUGGCAAAACCAAGAGAAGGUGCAUCGAAACAUGCCUGCCUGCAACCUUUUACUCAGCGGUACCAUCCACUUCUCAGGUUGCAUGGCUACUCAGACAAUCAGGAUGCUGAAGCUGUUUGGACUGCAGUGCAUAAGUCCCGGCACUUUUUUCCGCCAUCAGCGCUAUUACACUAUCCCUACCAUCGUGCAGGCCUGGAGGAAUGAGCAGAGUGGGAUCAUCAGGGAGUUGAAGGAGACUGGGGGUGGAUUGAUCCUGUCUGGUGACUGCAGAUCAGAUUCUCCUGGACACUGUGCCAAGUAUGGUAGCUACUCCUUGAUUGAGGAUCGAAUUAACAAAGUUUUGGAUGUUCAGCUUGUCCAAAGCUCAGAAGUCCCAAGCAGCUCUUGGUGUGAGCUAGAGGGUCUAAAGCGGAGUAUGCAGUUCCUGAUGGACCAAGACAUGCAAGUGUCUGCUCUGAUAACAGACAGAAAUCGGCAGGUGGCCAAGUGGGUACGUGAGAAAAUGUGUUCAGAAGGAACAAAGCAUUUCUUUGACGUCUGGCAUAUUGGGAAAAGUGUACAGAAAGCACUGGAUGCUGCUGCAAAAGAGAGGGACUGUGAGGAUCUGAAGCUGUGGAGGCCUGCCAUUAUCAACCAUCUCUAUUGGACCGCAGCUUCCACCCCUACAGGAGAUCCAGAUGAGAUGCAGGCAAAAUGGCAGAGUAUGAUAAAUCAUGUACAGGACAUACAUGAACACAGCUCUCCAGCAUUUACCAGCUGCGCACAUCCACUGUUGGAAGGAGAGGCAAGAAACAAGGAGUGGCUGGAACCAGGAUCACCAGCAGCCACUAAACUGGAGAGUGUAGCUGCCAGGAAAGCACUGGUAAAGGAUAUUCGACAAUUGUCACCUCAGCAUCAGACAUUCUCCCUGGAGGCCUACCAUUCCCUUAUUCUGCACUUUGCUCCCAAACACACUGGCUUUUCUUUUCUUGGGAUGUACAGCAGACUUCUCUUGGCAGCCCUACAUUUCAAUAGUAAUGGCAACAGAGAUGUAGCGCGUACUAGUGAGGGUGAGGUACGCUACGCUGUUCGCUACCCACGGUUUCGGAAAGGUGGCUGGGUAGUCCACCCCAUCAAGGAGAAACCAUCUUACGGAUACGCAACAAAUCUUAUGGUCUCUCUGGUAGAGGAAUACUGCAAGUCACCACAGGCCCUACAAGAAAGCAGUGCCGUCUUGUCCUCUGCUGCACCGCCCCCCCUCACCUCUUCCGUCCAGAAGGUUGCCAAGGAUGAGGCAGUCAGCCUCCAUCUCGCACGACACUCACGUUUUAACAUGUAAUAAAAGAUCAAUUGUACCAGUACAGUUUGUUUCACUAUGUAUUUAUUAAUCGUCUUCCAAGCGGGGCCACUGGAAACCUUUGUAUGUUUGUCCCUCCUCUGCAAACUGCCUCCUUAUUGCUGACACAACACAUGAAGGUAUGGCUUUCCUAAUGUUCCUGCCUAUUAUUCCGUACGCCCAGCGGACAACCUGCCUGUAUGCUGUGUAUCGGAACUGCCUGUGGUGUAGAUUGGGACAUAAUUACAUUUUGAUCAUACCAUGUUUUCAUAGUAAACAAUUCCAAUGGUAAAUAUUGCAUGUCCUGUUGGCUGAUAUUCUACUGUACUACACAACACCAAAGUUGUUUUUAUAGGAAGUAUAUGGAAACCACUGAGUUUAAAAACCUGCUUAACAGGAUUUACUAUUUUGGUGUAGAAAAGCUGUUUCUUUGAAUUGCAGUGUGAAAUAAUUUUUGCUCAAAACCUACUCUGGUCUGCUGGCUUGAAGAGGGCCAUGCUCCUGUCUGAAGUUCAUGUAUGCUAUCUGCAGCACAAAAGGAUUCAGACAGGAUGCUUCAAACCCUGGAUGGAGUGUGAGGCAGGUAAUGUCUUCUGGGGGAUCUAGGUUUUGGACAAGGGACCAAUAGGCGUCGACCUCCCUACAGCACACACUCUCCACUGCUGAUGGCAUAGCCUCACAUCUACCACACAAGCACCUGUUAAACAAAUGUGCUAAGAUAAACUCACUCUCCUUCCCUCCUUGUAGCUCUAAUGGUUGGUGUAAGACCUUGUAAGAAACGACAUGUAGACUACUUACUUCCUAAAACUUGGGUAAAUAUGCACUGUAAAAAGACACACCCCCUGUACAGUAUAGGCUGUCAAUUAGAUGCAUUUAUCUGCAUGCCUUACAACCAGUAUCCCUUCACAUGACAAUAA